AUGGGAUUUAUCGAUCAAUUUAGGGACAAAUUGGCGGACGAAAAGUUCAGAGAUGAGGUCAAGGAGAAGGCCACCAACGCCUACAAUAGCUACAUGAACAAGGGAAGCAACAACUCCGGCAAUUCUUAUGGUUCGGGAAGAGAAGACAACUACGGAUCUUCUGGCACUGACAACGACAACUACAAAUCUGGAAGAGAAAACGACUAUUCGUCCAAUUCGUAUGGAUCGAACUCCAACCCUUACGGUUCGUCGAACGACGACGCGUACGGAUCUGGCAGAAACAACAACGACGACGCGUAUUACUCAGGCAGAAACAACUCUGACUCGUACGGAUCUGGCAGAAAUAACUCUGACUCGUACGGAUUUGGCAGAGAUAACUCGUACGGAUCUGGCAAAGAUAACUCUGACUACGGAUCUGGCAGAAAUAACUCUGACUCGUACGGAUAUGGCAAAGAUAACUUUGACUCGUACGGAUCUGGCAGAGAUAAUUCGGAUUCGUAUGGCUCAGGCAGAAACAGCUCCAACUCUUAUGGCAGAAACAACUCGGAUUCCUAUGGCUCUGGCGGAAAGAACUCCGACUUCUAUGGCUCCGGCAGAGACAGCUCCAACUCGUAUGGCUCUUCCGACAGGAAGUCCGACUCCUACGGCUCUGGCAAUUCCAACUCCUUUGGGUCUGGCGGAGGCUAUGACUCUUUCAGAUCUGACAGAAACGAGUCCUACGGUACUGGCAGAGACAAUUCCAACCCCUACGGAUCCAACAACGACUUUGGUGGCAGAGGCUCCGAUUCGUACGGCUCUGGAAGAGACUCUUACGGUUCCAGAAACGAUUAUUAA